CAAUAAUUGCAACGCAUCCCUACUAUAUAGGAAAUAUAAAUAUAUCUACGGCUAACCUUAGCAAUGUCUAAAAGGCAAAAGACGUGCAGGGUUAGGAUUCCUUGCCCAUUUAUACACCACGCUGUGUGAUCGACAUGUGGGGUCCAUUUUCAAGACUUCAGGGCUGAUCUAAAACACCUCCAGCCCUUACCUUCCUUUCUCAAGCUCUCACCUUCUUUUCCCUCUUAAGUUUGCGCCAGUGUACGGUGAUAGUUAAAUCAUGAUGUCGGGUAUUAAUAUCAAGACAAGCAUUCUCGUGCUUCUCCUCGCGCCUUUCGCCGCGUUCUGGUAUUCUCGGUACCAAGUUUUGUCGCUGGCAUACUUCAAUGCGCAGAGUCGGAUGCCCCGACAUGCAAACUUCACAUCCUACGAGAUCAAGUUUGCGGACCAGAUCCGGAGUUGCGAGGAUGCACUGCUGGUCGAGUCCCGUGGUCUCGCAAUUGUGCCUUGCGAUCCGGGUCGCGAGACUUGGAACACUGUUAUGGGCAACUUCGUCGACAACGCCCCGCCCGACCCCAACGCCGAGCUCUACGCCUACAAUUACUCCUCUUCCUCCCCCUCCGCCUCCUCCCUCACGCGCAUCCGCAUCCUCAACUUCCCCUCCUCCACAGAGCUCCGCACUCUCGGCCUCGAGUACCACGAGCCCAGCUCCACCUUACUCGUCACCAACCACCGGCGCGCGGGCGCCCGCAUCGAGCAAUUCCAGCUCGACCUGGACACCCUCACGGCGACGCACGUGCGCUCGCUGCCGCACCCGCUCAUCUACGCCCCGAACUCGAUCGCCGCGCUCAGCGAAUCCGAGUUCUUCGUCACGAACCAGCACUACUUCCCCGCGCGCUCGCACCGCCUGCUCUGGGCUCUGGAGACGUACCUCGCGCCGCCCAUCGCGAGCGUCGCGCACGUGCGCAUCCUGCCGAACGGGACCGUCGACGCCGCCGUGGUCGCGCGCCUAGCGUACGCCAAUGGCCUUGCGCUCCUGCGCCACGACACCACCCUCGCCGUCGCCAGCACCAACACGCGCCUCGUGAAGCUGUUUUCCAUCUCCUCCUCUUCCUCCACCACAAGCAAUCACCCAACCCUAACCCAAAGCACCUCCUUCCCCGUCCCCUUCCUCCCAGACAACCUCUCCGUCUCCAAAGGCCAGCACGGCGACGAGGCGCUGCUCAUCGCCGGACACCCGCACCUGCCCAGCCUCGGCGCCUUCGCGCGCUCGCGACGCACGUGCAAUCGGCCCGAGCUAUUAUCAGACAAACCGCCAGAACAGCGCGAGGAGGCGGAAGAAAGGUGCAAGACGCUGAGCGCGGCGUCCUGGGCCAGCGAGUGGACGCCCGAGGGCGGCGUGCAGCAUAUUUAUUCGGGCUGGGAGUACCCGACGAGCGCGUCGGUGGUGCGGGAUAAGGGGAGGGGGGUGGGGAUUGUGGCGGGGCUUUAUGCGAAGGGGUUGUUGGUUUGGCGGGAUUAAUAAGAAAAGGGGUUAAAAGGGGGCGGGUGGCUAGAUCAAAAACUCUCUGGAGGUUGGCCUCCACAUGCUUGGCUUUGGUUCCCACAUCAGCGACACUGAUUGAGAACAGAGGCUUGAGUAGCAGUGGCAAUGGUCUCGGCCGUUGAGGUCUUUCCUACUCCAGGGGGGCCUACGCAUUACGGAUUGAUUAGCUAA